AUGGCGCGAGAUACUGAACUCCUUUCUUUGUCCAGCUUCGGCGAAGACCUCAUCGCGAGCGGGGCCUUCUCCUCCCUGCAGUCCCUCGACGUCUUCUCCACCGCCACAUUCCGCAACGAAAAGCGCAGCAACCUCGUAACCACCCCAGAUGUAUCGCCUCCGGCAACCCCAGCCCCGCGAUUCCUCCCUCUAUCGGGCUGGACCACGAUGUCCCGAUCGCUGUCAGCGACACCCCCGGAGAUCCCGGCUUCGCCCGCCAACGAGCUGAUCAUCGGCGGCGCAGUCGUCCAGAACGUCGCCCUCGUGGUCGGGGAGUCGGUCUCGAGCGAUCCGGCGCCCGAGCACAAGGACCACGAUCUGUACAGCGACGUCAAGGUCAUGCCGGUCCCGGUCUCCGGGGUGCAGCGAGGCGGGGGUUCGCUUCUGGUCGCCUCGAUCGGCAAAACAGCCGCACAGCCCAUGCUGCUGCUGCCGGCGGAGAAUGAUGCUGAAAUUGCGUUCCCCGAGACGGCGACGCCGGUCGCGCUGCCUGAGGUCAAGAAAGAGAUGGCUGCCGCCAAGGGGAAGGUCGGCGCCGCUGCGGUCGAUUCCUACGUUCUCAGCGGUGAUAUCAAGGAUUUCUUCGGCAUCAAGGGGCUGAAGGCGAAGCUGUACUCUUUCCGAAGGGAGGAUAGCAAGAAGAAAGAUGACGAGAAGGAGACGAAAGCGGGUGAGAAGGACGGCGCCGAGAACGAGGCGAAGAAGGAGGUCCGGCCGGACAAAAAGCCUCCGGUCGGAUCGAAAGAUCCUGAAUCAAAGCCCAAGGAAGAGAAGGCGGAGGAUUCCCAGUCCAAGGACAAUAAGGAUGCACAGGCAAAAGAAAAGGGUGACAAGAAGGAUGAUCCGAUCCAAGAAAAGGUCAAACUCCAGGAUAUGGAUUCCCCGCUCGGCAUCCUCUUCCCCGAGAUCGAGCAGUCGACAAUCCAGAAGCUUCCGCUCAAGAACCUGGAGUUUACCUAUAGCAACAAGGAGAAAGACAGCCUUUUCCCGGUAGGACUGCGACUCGAGGGUGACUUGGAGUUUAAGGAUGGCUUGCAAUUCGUCUCGGACGGGCUCAAGAAUGUCUUUGGCUCCGACAAGGGAACAACCCUGCCUUCCAAGCUGCGGAUCAGUGCGUUGAUUGCCAAAGAGCGAGACUGGAGCAAGAAGCCCAAGAUCGAGGGUUUGGUCUUGCAGGCCUAUGCUGAUAUGACGUUGCCGAAGUGGGAUUUCCUGGAGUUCAAGACGGUGGGCAUCGAGUUGUCAGCCAGGAAGGAGGAGAAGAAAAAGAAUGAUAAGAAGGAAGGUGGCAAGGGAAAGAAAGGUGAGAAGGGCAAUGAGGGCGAUGAGAGCGAGCAGACUAAGCAGAAGGAAGACGACAAAGAUGAGAAUAAAAAGGGACAGGGGGAGGAUGCCCAGCCUGAAGAAGGCGCCGAGUCUGCAUCUUCGGAAGUGGCCGCCAUGGUGAAUAUGCUCGAAGAUGACUCCAGCCCUAAGAGUCCAGAGGAAGUCCCCAAGUCAAAGGAAACCGAACCCAAAGCACUCGACGAGAAGGACAAAUCGUCCAAGGACAAGGGCAAGAAAGACAAGGAGAAAGAAUGGAAACUGGGAGUCGGCUUAUUUGGCAAACUCAACAUCACCAAAUUGCCCAAGUCGAAGGGAACUCUGGAGGCAAGAUACUGGAUCCGGGGAGGUGACUGGAAGCAGAAGGAGAAAGGAGAGAAAGACAGUAAAGGCGAUAAGAAAGAUGACAAGAAAGAUGACAAGAAAGAUGACAAGAAAGACGAAAAGAAGGACGGUAAGGAUACAGACAAGAAGACUGACCAGACAGUGAAAGAAAAAGAAGACAAGAAAGAUGAUAAAGCUGCCGGAGGUAAGAGAAAAGCAGACAAACCCGACUCUGAUCACACAGACAAGAUGGACGAGAAGGCCGUGAAAAGCAAGGAGGAAAAAGACGAGCAAGGUGGUGGAAGCAAGUAUGAACUGGUCAUUGAUGUCGGCAAGUGGGAUAAUUUCUGCGGUGUCGCAAACCUCAGUAUGAAGAAAGCGGAAUUGCGCGCCUUCUUCAAACGAGGGGAUUUCAAGAAGACCUGCACGCUGACUGUGUCUGGCUCUCUCGAAUUUCCUCAGGGUAGCCUCGAGAAGGAGGAGAAGGAGGACAAGGAAAAGGAAAAGGCCAACGCAGAAACGGCCGAGAAAGACAUCAAAGAGCACGCCAAAGUGGCUUCAAACACCAAGCCGAAGCCGUCAGCCGCGGGUGGAGGCCAGACCAAGGAAAAGGAGUCAAAGGGUGAAGAUAAGAAAAAGGGUGGCGACAAGAAAGGCGAUGCAGAGAAGGAGAAGCCGAAGAAUGCCACCUUGGUGAUCAAAGGCCAAUUGUCCAGGAAGGAUUAUCAUUUCGACGCCAAGGUGGGCAACUUGAAGCUCGAAUCAAUCUUGAAGAUUUACGCCCAUAUCCACGGAGUCGAGCCCAAGACUGAGGGCAUCAAGGACCACAAUUUGACCUUCGAGGAGCUGCACCUCAAUAUUGGUCGGAGGCUGAAGAAGAAAGAAGCAGAUGAGAAGGAGAAGGAGAAGGAGAAGAAGGAGAAGGAGAAGGAGAAGAAGGAGAAGGGGAAGGAGAAGAAGGAUGAGAAGAAGGAUGAGAAGAAGGAUGAGAAGAAGGAUGAGAAGAAGGAUGAGAAGGAGGGUGAUGAGGAUAAAGAAAAGAAGACGCUCAAAGACGGCGAGAAAGCACCGACUGAAGACAAGGACUCUGCAAACGAGAAGAUUGCGGGUGAACCGAGCGUAAAUGACGAGGCCAAGGAAGGAGAUUCUGUCGCAGUGACUGAAAUCAAAGCAGCAACCAAGGCUAACGAGAAGAGUGCUGCCAGGAAGGAAGAGGGGGAGGAGGAUACACAAUGGUCCUUUGAGCUUUCCGGCAAAGUGAGCUUCAACGACGUCAAAAGCGUGCACGGUUUGAUCAAAUAUGACAGCACCGGCUUGACCAUCGAGGGUGGGGUGGAGGAUUACAAAGUGAAGGACGCUGAUAUCACUAUCAAGGAGGCCCGGAUUGAUAUCUUUAUCGGAGCAAAGCCGAAAACCGACAAAAAACUAAAGGUGCACGGCAAAAAGGGCUCCUCGAUCGACGCUGACGCCGGUGGUACCGAGUCAGCCGUUGCGAAACCAUCCCUAGAAGACAGCUCAGUGGGAAAGGACCUUGUCAAGAAAGAUACCGGCAAGGACAAGGAGGUUCUCCUCAACCGGGCCAGCAAGUUCUCCAUCAGAGGCAAGGUCACCUUCAGUGGAGUGACUGUGACAGUCGCCUUCCUCACCGAGCGUAAAGAGACAAACAAGAAGUCGAAGAAGGCUUCUGAACGCGAGUGGAUGAUUUAUGGUCUGGCUGAUACGGACCUCUGCCUGGCAGAGCUUUGUGACACGCUUGCAGGCACCCCCAUUGGAAACCUCAGGUUGCGGAAUGUCGCCGUGAUUGCCGCAUCUGGCGAGAUCAAGUCAGUGAAAGAGCUGAACACCCUGAAGUAUCCCGUCCGGAAAGGAAUCUCGCUAUGCGCGACUAUACCACCCCUUGAUGAGCUCAACAUCCUUGCUAAGGAGAAGGUGGAUGGAUUAGUCCUAUGCGCUACCAUUCAGCAGAAAUUGGAGCUCAAGAUCUGCUUGCCUUCGUCGAUGGAUAUCCACUUUUCCCGAACCGUGAAGCUGGGCGAUAUUGGCGUCGGGAUUGAGAUCAGCACAAAUCCCAGCUUGUCGCUCGAGGGCGUUCUGACUAUUUUGAUGGAAUCGGGUCAGGAUCCAUUAGUCCUCGAAGGGAUGGUCCGAGCAGGGGCCCUGUAUGCCUCCGCUUAUGUUGCGACUAAGAAGCCCUGGGUGAACCCCUUCAACAUCAGCAAGGAGGUCACAAUCGCAGACUUUCGGGUCGAGCUACUGAUUGAAUAUGCCAAGUUCCUGGAAGUCGGUCCCUCGAAAAUGGGCCUCGGCGGGCAGCUCGAAGUCGGAGAUUUCGAGGCCGGGGCAGCCAUGGUGAUCAGCCACUUUCCCGACGAUCAGCUCAUCUCGGUCAACAUCUCCGAAGUCGACUUCAUCAAAAUCGUGCAGGUCGCCGGCAAGGUGGCCAAUAUCCCAGAAUUGGAGACGAUCACGGGGGCUGAGGAACUGUUCGUGUUCACGGAUGCCAAGCUGUACGUCUCCACGGGGGCUACCAUCGGCAAGAAGGAGUACCCGCGAGGCAUCUCCGGCGGCGGGAAACUGACGGCAUUCGGCAAGAAGGCCGAGUUCGAGCUGAGCAUUGGUGCUGCGGGACUGGGCUUCAAGGGCGCGAUCGACAACUUCAGCUUGGGUCCGCUCGUGGUCUCGUCGGCCAGUGGUAAACCCCGGGCGAGCAUGGUGGUGCUCAUGACCAAAGAGCAGCAGAUUGUCAAGGUAGAUGGCAUGGUGACCUGCUUCGGCAUCGGGCUGGUCACCCUCGUGGACAUUCAGCUGGGCACGGAGACCCCUUCGUUCAACGCCUACAUUGCCGUACAGUUUACCAAGGCGUUUACCAUCAGUCUGCAGGCCACAACAGCGGACUUUAGCAGUGUCCGUGAUCUGGCCCACCAGGGCCUUUACUUCCAGGCCCAGAUCCAGGGCGAUCUAUUUGACAUGAUCUGCGAGAGUAUCAAGAAUAUGAUCAAAACGAUUGAGAAACUGGGCACGGAUGGCAUUGAGUCCGUGCAAAACCUCAUUGGAGCCAAGAUCGGUGAGAAGCAGGCUGAGAUGGAUCAGCUGGCGAAGGAGCUGGAGGAUGCACGAAUAAGGCUCGAGGCAACCCGUAGCCAGCGUCAAGUGGAGAUCGAGAAGGAGGAAAAGAAGCGAAAAGAGGCUGAGAAGGAGAUUGCACGUUUGAGACAGAAUCUGGCUACCGCCAAGAAGAACAAGUCUGAAGUCGAGGCAGAGCUGAAGCAGAAGGUCAAGCGAGCGGAAUUGGACAAAGAGGCACUCAUUCAACGGAAGAGAAAGGAGUACAACGACAAACUGGAAGCAGCCAAGGAGGAGGAGGCUCGGAAUCGCAAGGAGCUUGAGAGACUGAAGAAGGAGCAAGCAAAUAGGUAUGGACUGGACUUUCUCAAGCGGGCAGAACUGGCCAAGGGCGCCUGGUAUGAGAAGAUGGCGGCCGAGAAGGCCUCUUGGGCACAGGUUGAAGCGGUGUAUUGGGAGAAAUGCAAGGCGAGUUGGCUCACUAUUGCCUAUUGGGCCGGGGCACUGGAGGCAGAGAAGGCACGCCACGAAAUCGUCAAGGCAGCCACCGCCGUUUACCAUGAAACAGCCAAGGGAUUCGAUGCCACAAUCAACUCUGAUGCAUUUCAGGGUGUCGUUACCGGGAUAGAGAAAGCAGCUGAAGCAGCAGAGAACGCUGCCAAGGGUAUCGAUAGCCUUAUCAAAGGUGGAGGAUUCGACGGAUUCGUGAGGGCAUUUGUGGACACCGAGGAUAGAAAGAUCCAAGCAGCGAUCAACAAUCUUCAUGCGAUGCAAAGUGAGAACAGCAAGUAUCAGCAGGCGAUUCGGGAUGCACAAGGCAUCCUCGACAAGAAAGGACCCAACUUGGAAGCAGAGAUUCGCGCCGCAGAUGAGACAAUCACCCGCAUCCAGGAAGACGCAGAGCUCGCAAAGCUCCAGCGGGAGUACGAUUACCGGCUCAAGGUUCAUGAGGAGGUUCACAAUGCCAUCAAGCAGAUGGACGCGGGCCUAGAGGCCCUCAAAAAGGACUGGCAGAAUGGCAUGCAGAAGCUCCAGGACUUUGUGAACGAGAUUCAGAAAAAGAUUUCCUCCGUCUUCCACAUCGAGAAGAUUGUGGUCGGUGUCCACACUCAUGCUCUGGUCAACAAUGAGCCGCUUGUAUUCAAAUUCUAUGGUACGGUGGCUAAUAGGAGGUUUGAGGUCGAGGCGGAGUGGUCGCCAAAGAUAGCCAUCGGCGACCUCUACAAGAAGGUAACCAACGAGAUCUUGAAGAUUUGCUAAUUGGGUGUGUAGCUCCCAGAGGCUGAGUCUGCACAUGAAGGGUUGACUUCUGCGCCUUUUUCAUAGUCCUCGAUGAGUCUUUUUGAAUAACAUCAGAC